CGUACCAUCAGCCACAAUGAUCAAGAUCUGGAGUAUGAAGAAGAAUGAAGAGGCGGCUGCGAAGAAGAAGCCAAAGACCAGUGCGGCGCAGAUUCGCGUCCAGAAGGAUCUUACUGAGCUUGAUCUACCGUCAACUAUGACCACACACUUCCCAGAUCCUGCUGAUCUCCUCAACUUCACUCUCACCAUCACACCUGACGAGGGAAUGUACAAGGGUGGUGCCUUUGUGUUCUCCUUUGUGAUCAACCCCAACUACCCACACGACCCACCGAAGGUCAAGUGUACACAAACUAUUUACCAUCCAAACGUCGACCUCGAGGGAAACGUUUGUCUGAACAUUCUGCGAGAGGACUGGAAGCCAGUGCUGAACUUGAACUCGGUGAUGGUGGGGCUGCAGUACCUAUUCUUAGAGCCAAACGCAGACGACCCAUUGAAUAAAGAGGCAGCCGAGGAAUUGAGGCGAAACCGAGAGCAAUUUGUAUACAACGUACAAAACUCCAUGCGAGGCGGCAACAUCAAGGGUGUCCAAUACGCCAAGGUACUCGCGAAAUGAUAGUCGCCACCCAUCUGUACCCUGGACCCACCCACCUACACGUUUGUACCUUGCCACACUCCAUUAUAUCCACACUGUCCCAUCGCUGUAUCUCUCCUGCACAUAUCCUUCCUCUUAGGAACCACACAUAUUGUCACUUUGCUUUCGUAUCUGCGCUUAUGUAUCUUCCUGUCCUUCCACCUCAUACGACGUGCGCAUAGAGUAUUUGGGAGUAGCUAGCUAUGUAGACCCCAUAUAUCCGUAAUAGCAAAGCGUGCGUAGAAGCACACGGAAUACGUUUACCACAAUUGUAUGAGUUGAUACACACGCGGGUUUGUUGUAGUUUGUGCCGAUAAACGAGGCAGGCUAAUACCUGAUACAUGUCGUACGUGAUAGCCAUGUUUGGUCCAUGUCUAACUGCCUCUGUAUGUCGUAUACGAGUACGGGCUGAGAAGCAAAGGGAUAUGAUAAUGCUCGUCCGGGUUCACGACCUCGAAUGGAAUCUCCACCCAAGGGUAGAAACAUUUUCGCCCACCGCUUCGAUCGAAAUAUUCCUUCGUCUUGAACACGACCUUAUAAAGCCGUCCCGCCACGAGUUCGAAUUUCUUCGCGUCACCUUCAGCACCGGCAGCUGGGGUACAGAGGUCUGAACAUCUCCCGUUCGAGUCGGUCACACCUUUUGCGACAGGUUCCCAGACAACUGGUGCCCCGUCAAAUGCUUCAGGAUGACAUUGUUGCAGAUGCACUUGCACACCGGCCGCAGGCUUUCCGAGGGAAGAGUCGAGGACUAGGAGAGAAUAACAUCAUGAUCGCAAAG